AUGAAGUUGAAUCACCAUAAAGAUUCCUCAGAGAAGCUUAUAUGGGAACGGACUUUAUCCGGAUCCGUUUCGCCGACCCGACCCGGAUCCAAACUAAUGGUCCUGCUCCUCCUCCUCGUCUCCGCCACUUACGUCGUCUACACACUAAAGCUCAUCUCCAACUCACGUGCCUGUCACGUGGAGCCUUUCUCCGCCGUUGUCCGCCGCUUAAACGACAUGGUGAACUCAUCUCAGCCGUUGAUUAUCUUCCAGUCAAAUCAAACGGCCGUGAUCGAAUCUUACACCUCUUCACCACCUCCUCCGCCGCCACCGCCGCCCCAAACCAACCUGAGCCAUGUGGUUUUCGGAAUCGCCGCGUCGGCGAGGCUAUGGAAACAGAGGAAAGAGUAUAUCAAGAUCUGGUACAAACCGAAUCAAAUGCGUGGUUAUGUCUGGUUAGAGAGACCGGUUAAGAAACUCGACGAAGACGACGAAAUUAGUCUCCCGCCGGUUAAAAUCUCCGGCGACACUUCGAAAUUUCCGUAUAAGAACAAACAGGGACACAGAUCGGCGAUUCGAAUUUCGCGGAUCGUCACGGAGACACUGAAAUUAGGACUCCAAGACGUGAGGUGGUUCGUGAUGGGAGACGACGACACAGUCUUCGUCGCCGAGAAUCUCAUCAGAGUUUUGAGGAAGUACGAUCAUAAUCAGAUGUAUUACAUCGGGAGUUUAUCGGAAAGCCAUCUUCAGAACAUUUACUUCUCUUACGGAAUGGCUUACGGCGGCGGAGGAUUCGCUAUUAGUUAUCCACUAGCGGUGGCGCUGAGCAAAAUGCAGGACCGUUGCAUAAAAAGGUAUCCGGCGUUGUACGGCUCCGAUGAUCGGAUGCAAGCUUGCAUGGCCGAACUCGGUGUUCCACUCACUAAGGAACUCGGUUUUCACCAGUACGAUGUGUAUGGCAAUCUCUUCGGUCUACUAGCGGCGCACCCGGUGGCUCCAUUGGUCACACUUCACCAUCUUGACGUGGUCGAACCGAUAUUUCCGAACAUGACACGUGUAGACGCCUUGAAGCGUUUACAAGCCCCGGCAAAGCUAGACUCUGCCGGACUUAUGCAACAGUCGAUAUGCUACGACAAACGUCGGAAAUGGACCGUUUCGGUCUCUUGGGGAUUCGCGGUUCAGAUCUUCCGUGGAGUCUUUUCCGCUCGAGAGAUCGAAAUGCCUCCAAGAACCUUCUUAAAUUGGUAUCGGCGGGCGGAUUACACGGCGUACACCUUUAAUACGCGACCGGUGAGUCGUCAUCCAUGCCAGAAACCGUUUGUGUACUACGUGACUACCGCCGGAGUUCAUCCAACGACAAAUAUGACGGUGAGCCGUUAUGAAAGCCACCGGGUGGCUCAACCCGGGUGUAAGUGGAAAAUGGCUAAUCCCGGCGAUAUUAGGACCGUCGUUGUUUACAAGAAACCGGACCCUCACCUUUGGGACAGAUCUCCUAGAAGAAAUUGUUGCAGGGUGAAAGCAAAGAAGAAUAAUACUUUGGAGAUUAGUGUUGCAGUUUGCAGAAUGGGUGAAGUUGUUGAAGUUAUGUAA